AUGUCCUCAUCAUUUUCAAUUCGUGCUGUAGAACCCUCUUCUGCUCAUCAUCAGGAUGAAGAAGGAAUUUCCUCCUCGACGUCGUACUUUUCCGAGAUGGAACAAUUGAGAGAGAAAUACUUUGAUCCGAGUGGUCAGGUCAUUCAUUUGGAUCAUGCAGGAAGUACCAUGUACAGUUCGGAAUGUUUAAAGAAAGUUUUUGAAAAAUUAUUUAAUCAUCACGCCAAUCUCCUCUCGAAUCCACAUAGCGAUGGGUCAUUUUCUGCCAAUUUAACCAAUCAACUCAUCGCAGAGAGUAGACAAUUUGUACUCCAAGAAAUAUUUAACACCUCUCUCAAGGAAUAUGAUUUGGUUUUUACAUUGAAUGCUUCACAUUCUUUGAAAAUUAUUUCUGAAUGUUUUCCUUUGAGUGCCAAAUCAUGUGUGUCCUAUCUCACACUUUCUCACAAUUCUUUAAUUGGAGCACUUCGAUCUUGUUUAAAUCCCAACCAUGAGGAAUUUCAACACGAUCAUGUACCAUAUCAUUCGAAUCGAGUAAUUGUAUGCAAUAACUUGGAAGAGGUACGAGAAAAAGUGAAAGAAUGGAGUGAGGAUGACCAUCAUCUUGUUGGACUUACCGCAGAAUGCAAUAGUACAGGAACAAAAUUUGAUGAUUUUACCAUUUUUCCUUACCUUAACAGGCAUCAUCCAAACGUUUACACAAUUUUAGAUGUUUCAAAACACUCAAGUACCAAUGUCCCUAUUGAUCUAUCCAAGUACAAACCAGAUUUUGUUGUCUUCAGUUUUUACAAAUGGUUUGGAUAUCCAACAGGUCUCGGCGCUUUAUUAAUUCGUAAAAUGAGAGUCUCAAAUAUUGAUUUCAGGCCAAGAAAUGGAUACUUUUCUGGCGGUGUGGUUCAAGUCAAUACUGCGAAAGCUCCUUUUUUCACGAAAUAUAGAGCAGAUUCCUUCCAUUCCAUGCUUGAAAAUGGUACAUUGCCAUUUCUGACAAUUUGCGAAAUGCUUUUUUAUUUGAAAGAAAUUCAACAAAUGUAUAGUUCGAAAAGUUGUAAAAAGAGUUCAAAUUCAGAACAAAACGGGCAACAAGAAUCGUUGAUUCCCUUUCGAGAAAUUUUUAAAAUCAUUCAACAGCAUUGCAAUCAUGUACAAGAAUAUUGUGCUAAACAAUUGAAAAAUCUAUGUCACUAUAAUGGAGCAAAAGUCGUUCACAUCUACAAUGAAGAUAACAUUGGAAAGACAAGUAUCAUUAAUAUGAAUGUAUUUAACAGCAGAGGACAAAUGGUUGGAUACUCUCAAGUUCAAGAAAUAUGUUCUCUCAAUUUGUUCAAUAUCAGAACUGGAUGCUUCUGUGUUCCAGGAGCAUGUCAACAGUUGUUCAAUAUUUCGAGUGAAGAAAUGAUUGACAAUUUCAAGAGAGGAGGAAAAAUUUGCUGGGAUAACUCUAUGGACGUCAUUCCAGGAAGUAGCAAACCAACGGGAAGUGUGAGACUCUCGUUUGGUUAUUGUUCAAUUUUGGCAGAUGUAGACAAAUUUAUUUCCUUGUUAAAGUCACAUUUUGUUGAGACGUGUCCCAAUGUAGGAAGUCUUGUGAAGCCCAAGUACAACGUCAUGGACGACAGAAUCAAAGUGACACACUUCUAUAUUUAUCCAAUUAAGGGAUGCGGAGCCAUGAAACUCUUUCAAGAACAUAGAUGCGACAAACACAAAAAUGUGACCAGUUGGAAUUUACACAACGAUACGGGAGCUUACUUGGAUCGAGAGUGGGCAAUUCUUGACGAAAAGAAUGGAGUACUUGGAUUGAAAAAGUGUCCUCGCCUUGCAUUGAUUGAACCAUUCAUUGAUCUAGAGAGGAGACUUCUCAUAAUCUCUCUAUGGAAAUCUAUGGAACAACAAGAUGUACAAUUCAUUCACGAGCCAACAACUAUUCAAUUACCGUUAGAUGAGUUUCCCUCCAUCAUGUUGGAUGAUGCAACUAUUUGUGGACGGCAUUAUGAAACUUGCGUGUACUCGGGCGAUGUCAAUGAAAAAUUAUCAUGCUUCCUUGGCCAAUCGGUUCGCCUCAUCCGAAGAAAAAAGAGUGACAAUGAAAUGGAAAGUACCUCUAACAAGUGUAAAUCCUCGUUUUCCAAUGAGGGAAAUAAGGGAUUGUUUUUGAUUUUAAAUGAGUCUUCGUUGAUCGAUCUAAACCAACGAUUGAAAAACUCUCAGAGUGCCACUGCAAACAGCAACGAAAACUCAACGGAUAGUAUUGAGUGGUUAAUUGAUCGGAUGAGACCAAACAUUGUCAUUCGAGGACUGGAAGCUUAUGAAGAAGACCACAUCAAAUCUCUCUACAUUCAUGACAUUCCUUUCCAAAUUAACUUUUCAUGUCCCAGAUGUACCACUAUUUGUAUGAAUCCAAAAACUCUCAAACAAGAACAAGAACCUUUAAAAACUCUCUAUACAUACAGAAAACAAGAACAUAGUGCCAUGUUUGGUGUUUUGGCCAAUCAUUACAUCAUUACUCAAGGAAGUGAUGAGAAACCUGUAAUGAUGAAAUUUUAUUGA